GAUUUUACAGACUGUGCUCCUUUCUUUUAACAUAGCUUCAUCGUUUCAACCACAGGAUUCAACGAAAGAAUAUAUUCAAGUUAAAGCGUUGAAUCUUAGCGCAUUCUCAUAUUUUGACUGCGAAAUGGAAGGGACAAAUCACGUGCAAAACGUUGUAGAAUACGAUUUGUUUACAAACAACAACUUUGAGGGAAAGAGUUGUAAAGAAAUCGAGAUAUGUUUGCAGGACUUUUUGGACACAUGUAUGGUUCACUUAUCACCACUGCUAGUGGACUACAUUUGGCAGCGUGGAUCGUUUAAACUGACUCCUGUCAGUUCAGUUUCAGAUUCUCCACCACACCUUCAUGGUGCAACAGACUUUGGUGAUAAUAUUGAUGAUGAGUGGUUCAUUGUCUUCCUUCUAUAUCAGCUCACAGUUGUCAUGCCGGAGCUGGUCAUAAGUGUUCAUGAUAAUGAUGGCGAAUUCUUACUGAUUGAGGCUGCGUAUCAUUUACCAAAGUGGCUGGAACCGGAGACUAGCAUCAACAGGGUCUUUAUAUACAGAGGGGAUCUACACAUCAUUCCCAAGCCAAGUAACCCUGCAGAGCUAGCCUUCCUACCAGCCGGUAUUCCUUCUAAAUCACAUGCCAUAGACGUAGUCCGCAGUCAUUUUCAGAAAACGCUUGCCAAGUUGACCAUCAGAGAAGCAGUCAGAGCAAGAAUUGAUGAAUUCCCUUCGAAAGUGCAAUCCAAUUUUCAUCAUACCCAUUGCCUGAUGCCAGCCAAGCUAGCCGCUAUACUGAAACAGCAGCCAAGCUUGGUCUCACCGGCAGUUGAAGCGUUCUAUCACAGAGACCCACUUGAUUUAAAGGUGAGAAGGAGGAGGAUGGAUAAUGAUGAUGAUGAUGAUGAUGAUGAUGAUGGUGAUGAUGGUGAUGAUGGUGAUGAUGGUGAUGAUGAUGAUGCUGGUGAUGAUGAUGAUGAUGAUGAUGAUGAUGAUGAUGUUGGUGAUGAUGAUGAUGAUGAUGAUGAUGAUGAUGAUGAUGAUGAUGAUGAUGAUGAUGAUGAUGAUGAUGAUGAUGAUGAUGAUGAUGAUAAUGGUGAUGAUGAUGAUGCUGGUGAUGAUGAUGAUGUGAUGAUGAUGAUGAUGAUGAUGAUGAUGAUGAUGAUGAUGAUGAUGAUGAUGAUGAGCUCCACAACGUAGAGCGUUGUGGCCCAGUGGAUUAGUCUUCGGACUUUGAAACAGAGGGUCGUGGGUUCGAAUCCCAGCCAUGGCGUAAUUUCCUUCAGCAAGAAACUGAUCCACAGUGUGCUGCACUCAACCCUGGGGCCCGUUGCAUAAAACUUUUUUACCAACCUUAGAAAAUUUAGGUUGGGCAUACCCCAACCUAAAUUUCCUAGGGUCGGUAACCUUAGUUUGUAAAAUCGUUUGCAUAAAAGCUCAGGUUGCCAACCUUGAAAAAUUCGGGUUGAAACCAACCCGAAUUUAUUUUUUAUGGUUGGAAGCGCGGUUUGGAAUUUAUUUCAAUCUGUGAAUAUGCUGGUACGAGGAUGCGCGCAUUAAUUGAUUGAAUUUUUGUGCAACAAAUUUCCCGCGAGAAGUGGUGCGACUCGACCGCGACACAUCAUAUUUCAGCAUGGCUCUUCCAACAAAUGAGGUAAGGAAUAUCAUUUUCCGUUUAUAAUACAUUUUCAUAUAUUAUUGACCGAAAGUAUGAUGUUAUGAAAAUGACUCGUAUGUAAUUCAUUAAUAUUACUUCGGUAAAAAUGUCCCCUUUUUCUUGAUUUAUUUGCGAUGUCUCAUUCGUAAAGAUCGUGGUAGAAUUUGAUCUAGUCGUGGUGAGCGGAGUCUCGAGCACACUUGCCCCCUAAGAUCCGGGCAUCGAGGUGCAUCGCGCCCCGCUACACCAUGCGACGAUCUGCAUGUAUGACGUGAACUGCACUGCGCCGUGUAAAUCUGCAUUAUCGAACAAAUUAUACGAAAAUCAAAGACAGUGCAUAAAUGUACAUUGUAGGCUAUAUCUUUUCUUUUGACAUGAUCUAGAUCUAGAAUCAAACUCAGAUGAUGUUCAAAGUCUCGAAAUCUAAGUUACAAUGUAUUCUAACGUAACUGUGCAGUGAGCUGAGACAGUGAGUGAGACUGAGGAGUGAGAGUGAGACUGAGUCUGAGAGUGAGACAUUACAUUACUUUAGUACCGGUGGCGGUACUUAGUCAGUACAGUGGUGAACUAUUGGCUUGCCUGGUCUUUGGAAUUGCAUGGAUGGGUCUAUUUAUAGUAAUAUCUAAGUUACUUGGCCUUCUCUGCCUAACGUUAGAUCUAACUUAGGCUAGAUUUAUCACUGACACUGUAGUUACUGUAAGUGUUAUCAGUUCAUCCAAUUCCAACUUCACAUAGAGUGAUAGACAUAAGGCCCAAGCAAGUCUAACAAAGUUUCCAAUUUCGUGUAGGGCCUAGGCCUACACAUUCAACCAGGGCCCCGUAACACAAAAAAGCUUACUAACAUUUUUCUACGAUUGAUUCCAUGGCAUAGACUAAUUACAAUGUACAAUCAACCGUGAAAAUCAAGCGUAAAAAUUAAUCGCUAACCGUUGUGUUACGGGACCCAGUUCGUCAAAAUCCUACUUGGUUUCCAAUUCGUCUAAUUUCCAUUUGGGCUAAAUUAUGCAAUUGGGCUUCUCACAUGGUAAAUGUUAUUUGUUAGAUCUAACUUAAGUUAAUAUCCAAUUUGUCUAAUUCCCACUUGAUCUAGUAGUAGGCCUACUUGUAGUACUAAUAUCCAAUUCAUCUCAUGAGCAGUUGGGCUAAAACAAUUUAGUCUAAUUUCCAGUUGGUCUAACACCACUUGGUCUAAUUUCCACUUCGGCAAAUUUCCACUUGGUCUUAUUUUCAUUUCGUAUAAUUGUCAUGGUCUAAUGACCAUUUGCAUGUUCUAAUUUACACUUGGUCUAAUUUCCACUUAGUCUAGCUAAUUUCCACUUGGUCUAAUAUCCAAUUGGUCUAAUGACCACUUGGUCUAAUAAUAGCCAAACAGUCUAAUGACCACUUGGUCUAGUUGCCGAUUGGUCUAAUGCCCAGUUGGGCUAAUUGUCACUUGGUCUAAUUUUUAUUUGGUCUAAUGUCCAUUUGUUCUAAUAUUACAUAGCCAAGACAGAUAGCCAAGACAUCGAGGCUAGAGUCUAAAAGUUAGAGAAAUCCAAUGUUAAAUCUUGCUAGUGACAACGUAAGUUGGUGUUAGCAAAACAGUUUUUCUAGUUAGAUUCUGUCCUGGACCUGCAUGGUUCAACAACAGAAAGAUCACGACCACCACCAACAGUAGUCUGACAUUGAUCUAGAUUGAACUUGGUCAUGUUUAUCUCAUCCCCAAUUUGCACCUGAUCAUGGCUCAACCUGCAUUCUCGAUCUGACUUGGAUCCUGGACCUGGACCGGACUCUAAAUUAGAUCUAACAAGGUUGAUUUUGAUUAGAAAAUGGGCAUUCAAUGCGUUAGACUAACAUUACUUAGAUUCUAGAUCUACAUGUAUACCAGUGCAGUCAGUGUGAAUAUCAUACACAACUGAUUGAUACUGCACGCUCCAUAGACCUAGGCUAACUUUAAGUUUAAAUUUAAUGGAAUAGAUCUAUCUGCAUCACUCAAGGCUAUCUAAUGUAACAGAUACUGAUGGGGUUAAAAAAAAAAUUCUUUGGACCGCCUAAAGGAUUUAUAUUUUUCCUCGAUCGUGAUCAUAUUUUCCCUCUGCGCUGCACGCUUCGGGAAAAUAUAAAUCCGGCAGUCCAAAGAAUGUAUAUUACACACCCCAUCAGUCAAUAUCUGUAUAAUAUUACAUUGAUCAUUCAUUAUUAAUUAUUUAAUCUACAUGGAGUUUUAACAAAUAUGGUAAUGGAUAAAUACACCAUGCAUCAGUUAAUAGAAAUAUUGCCAGGAUCCGGAGGGGUAGAGCCGGGGAGCAUAAUUAUAUUUCCAACGUAGUUCCGGAAGCCAAUAUGAAUAUUAAUGACUUGCAUCCCUGGAAUAAUACGCAAGCGCAUGGACUUUAUCCUUACAAAAUUGUGGUCGUUCGCAUCGCCAUGAACGAAGACUGAUCAUAAAGGUUGAUGUUUACCUCCUGUAUACAGUGUAUCCCCCGAAAAAAAAUUGAGCCAAUAAUUAACACUAUUUGAUAAUGUAAUCAGAAAUAUGUCAUGAUUAUCAAAUGACAUGCCAUUGACUCUUUCAUUUGGUGCAACCAUUAUUACGUACUUCACACAUAAAUUAUCAAUCUUGAAAAGUGAAUUGGUAGGCAACAUUGUAAUUAUGAAAGUAAUAUCUCAUAUCUUGAAAGUUUUUUUUUAAUGUUUAAUGUGGUUAUUGUGAUAUCUCCAACAAAAACUUUUUUUUAAAAAGCAAAGAAAAUAACAGAGGGAUAGCAGAGUUGUUAUCUUUGAAGUAAUGUUUGCAUUUUAACUGAUGGCCUACCAGAGGAAGAGCGCAUUCAUCAAGAGACUCUGUGUUUGGCUCAUUGUCAAGUACACAUAGUGUUUAUUUUCUAAUAUAAUUGGAACACAGGAAAAGUUCCUUAUGUUCCCAAGUACAAAUCUACUCCAGGCAUGUGUAUUUCAUGAUUUUUGAUAGUGUAUGCAAGUUUGUUAGAUCUAUAAGAACCCAUCUCUGGUAUUGAUAAAACAAAUAAGUCCCAAAUAAAUUGAAUUACUUAAAAUUAGGCAAAUGUGAUUCAAACAUACAUCUGACUGUCAAUUCCAUUUUUUUAACAGAAUGAGAGGAAACAGAAAAGAGCACCAAUGUCAGAUGAUCAGAUCCAGUUUUUCUGCGAGUUCAUCAGGGAAAACCAUGUCAUCUUGUUCGGGAAGGCAAAGGGGACUGAACGAGUAAGCAAGCAAGUUUAUUAUUUGCACAUGUUUGAUAUUGAAGUAUGAAUCAAUUUCCAAUAUUGAUUAUGCAGAAAUGCUGUUUUAUUUGAUAACAUUUUGACCAAUGGGUUUACAUGAAAUGUACACAAUACAAAAGUGGUCCAUGAACCCUUUUAUUUUGACUUCAUUUGUUUUCCUGUCAUAAUUCUUGGCAUAAUAAUUACUCACCAACUCUGUUUAUUUCAGUGAAUCACAUUAGAUUGAUUUUCUACAUGUUUAUACAUCUGAAUAAAAGUAGAUCUGUAGCUUUGAAACACCCCUCUGAUGGUUGGGCUCAAUAAAAUGGUAAUUGAUAAAUUAUGUAAUUAAUAACGUUUUAUAGGGUAAUUUGAAUUACAAUUUUGGAAAGGAAAGUAAUUAUGAUUGUAAUUGAAAAACAUGUAAUUGAUUUCAAUUACUUUUAAUUACUUUCAAUUACUUUACAACUAACUUACUUAAUUGAUAAUUUAAUUUGCUUAUUAUGCUAUUCCCUUUAUAGCUACAUUACUCUCUUGAAUGAAACAUUCCUUUCCCUUGACGGGGAGGAAUUAAAAUGGUAUUUGUAAAGAAAUGCACAAAUUGACCUUUUGAAAUAUUUUAGGAAUGCUAAAGGUCAUAGGUUUUAGCAAGAAAUAAAAUUAUAGAUGUAAUUAAUCAUUCAUACUUGAAAAAUUAAUUUCCUAUGAUAAAAUGCAGUCAGUGGGAGCUUGCCAAGUGCCAACAGCCAUGAUGAUUUAGAACAAUGUGUUUGUUGUAUAUAUUUAUGUAGAGGAAUUUAUUUUAUUUCUUUUCAACCAAAGAACCCUGUAGAAGGGGUUAAAGU